AUGAUUUGUAUAGAUAAAAAAUAAUUUGAUGAUUAAGGUCCUAUUCCUAUGAAGCUAGUAGCUGUUGGAGAUGGUGCUGUAGGAAAAACUUGUAUAUUACAUAGAUACAUGAAUGAUACAUAUUCAGAGGAGCAUAUUCCUACUAUUUUCGAAAAUUCUUUUAUGAUGGUAAAAAUAGAUAAAAAGACAGUUUAGCUAGGUAUAUGGGAUACUGCAGGUCAAGAAGAGUAUAAUAGAUUAAGACCACUAAGCUACAGUAAUACAGAUAUAUUCCUAAUUGUUUUUUCAGUGGUAGAUCCUGAGUCUUUCGAUAACGCCCUUAAAAAAUGGUACCCUGAGUUGUAGCAAGUACAACCUAAAUCUCUUAAAGUAUUUGUAGGAAAUAAAAUAGAUUUAUUAGAAUCAGAGCAAAGUAAAAAAAAGAGUUAAAAAAAUGCCCCUGUAAAUUCUUAGUAGGUAAAGUAAAUUGUCAAUGAACUAGGCUGUGAGUACUUCGAGUGCUCAGCUAAAUCAAAUUAAGGGAUUAAAGAAUUGUUUUUAUAAUCAAUUUAAGAUGGUAUGAAUUGCAAAUAGAAAAAUUAAAAACCAAGAAAACAUUAACGUUGUACUUUAAUUUGA